AUGAACCAAACCCCAGCAAUCAACUGGUGCCGAGACAUUACUAUUGAAUCGGAGGAUGAAUUAAAAAAUAAUUGUAAAUUUCUCUUCUCUCUUUCUUUCGCCAUUUUACUUUUCAUUAUCCCUUUUUUCUUCAUAUUUUUCAUCUUUGUUUCUUUGGCCAUUUUAAUUUUCAUUACCUUUUUAAUCUUUUCUUUGCUGUUUUCUCUUCUCUCUUUCUUUCGCCAUUUUACUUUUCAUUGUCUUUUCCCCCUUUUUCUUAUUCUUUUCUCUUCUCUCUUUCUUUCGCCAUUUUCUUUUCAUUGCCUUUCCUCACUUUUUAUUGACCGUCUCCCUUGUUUUUUAUUGCUUUCUUUUUUCUUCUUUUUUCAUGUCAUUUCUCUCACUUCUUCUUUCACUUCUUUGCUUUUUCUUCUUUUCCAUAUGUCGUCUUCAUUGGUUUUCGUUUUCAUUUUCUCCCCAUUUCUCUCUUCUCUUGUAUUUUUCUUCUUUUUUACUUUUGCAAAAUUACUUUUUCUUUUGCACAUUUUUCCUUCAAAUUUUAUUCUUUUUCUUAAUCUUAUUUUUUUUAUCACUUUUCCUUCGAUUUUCUUCUUUCUCCUCUUCUUUGUUUUUCUUUAUUUUAAUCUUUUUCGUUUUCUUUCUCUUUCUUUUCGCCUCUUUUUCUUCUUCAUACUCAUUCUUUCCUUCUCCUUCUUUCUAACUCCUUUUUCUUUGUUUGUUUUUUCUUCUUUAUCCUGUUUCUUUCCUUUUCCCACCUUUUCCUUUGCCCUCCCGCUUUUAUCUUCAAGUCCAUUUUACAUCGUCAUCGUCUUUCUUACCAUUUACCCCUUUUUUCCUCUUUUCUCCCUCUUUUUCUUUGUCCCUUUUUUCUCAUCUUCUUUCUUUCCAUUCCCGUUUUCUUCAUUCUUUUUCUUCUCCUCUCUUCUUUGUAUCGACUUUUACUCUUUCCUUUUCACUUUCUCUUUUCAAAUAUGA